UCUCCACCCACUGUUACUGCAUUAAAACCAGUUGUAAUUUCUCAGAGGAAUCCCUUCUUUCCACAACUGGUUUUCAUCGUGCUCGGUGUUGUCAAAAUAUUCGUUUAUUGACUCUGUUUUGGAAUAUUUUUUUUUCUCCUGGACAGUCAUCUGUACAAAUCGUGGAAUUUUUCUAAGGAUGGGAGACAAAGGAUUUUCAGCACUAGGCCCGAUCCUCUGCUUCGCUUCCUUUAUUGUAACGCUGCAUCUCGUUCAUGGAGAUCUGAGUUAUUCUAUUCCAGAAGAAAUGAAACGAGGAGCUGUUAUUGGAAAUAUAGCGAAGGAUCUCGGUCUCGAUCUGAGGACCUUAUCUUCCCGAAAGGCCCGUGUUGAUUUUGAAGGGACUCGUAAGCGGUACUGUGACAUGAACCUGAAUACCGGGGAUUUGGUCACAUCAGAAGUAAUUGACAGAGAAAGUCUUUGUGGCAAGAAACCAUCGUGUGUGUUCAAAGUCGAUCUGGUGUUAGAAAAUCCGUUAGAGCUUCAUCGUGUAAGUCUUCAUAUUCAAGAUGUAAACGACAACUCGCCAAAGUUUAAAAAAGAUUUGAUUGAAAUGGAAAUAAGAGAAUCGGCAGACAAGGGGAACCGCUUCUCAAUCGAGGAGGCCCAUGACGCAGAUAUAGGUCAAAACGCUGUUCAGAGAUACAACCUACAAAAAAAUGACAACUUUAUUCUCGCUGUUGACAGCAACAAGGUUGAACUCGUGUUGGAGAAUACACUUGAUCGAGAGAAACAAAAAGAGCUGAAUUUGCUUCUCACAGCUUUAGAUGGUGGGUCUCCUCAGAGAUCAGGUAACGUAGUCAUACACGUCACUGUGCUGGAUGCUAAUGAUAACGCCCCAGUGUUUAGCCAGGCUGUUUAUAAAGCCAGUCUGCCUGAAAACUCUCCUCCAGAUACCAUAGUGAUUAAAGUUAGUGCUACUGACGCAGAUGAAGGAGUGAAUGGAGAUGUGGCAUAUGACUUUGGUCACCUCUCUGAUGAAGAUAUAAAUGUAUUUUCUAUUGAUCCAAAAACGGGAGAAAUUAGAGUAAGUGGUGUGAUUGACUUCGAGGAAAGAAGCUCUUUUGAAAUUAGAGUUGAGGCUAAAGACGGUUUGGGGCUAACCUCCUACGCCAAAGUUAUAAUAGAUGUUUCUGAUAUAAAUGACAAUGCUCCAGUGAUAUAUCUGAAGUCACUGACUAACCCCAUACCUGAGAACGUGUCACCUGGUACAGAGGUGGGCAUCAUUAACGUGCAGGAUGAAGACUCUGAAAACAACAGACAGGUCCGCUGCUCGAUUCAGCAAAAUGUCCCUUUUAAAUUAGUUCCUUCUAUUAAAAACUAUUAUUCUCUGGUGACCACAGGACAACUGGACCGUGAACUAGUGUCUGAUUACAACAUUACAGUCACAGCCACUGACGAGGGCUCUCCACCUCUGUCCUCCUUUAAAACUGUUCAGUUAUCUGUAGCUGACAUCAACGACAACCCACCUGUGUUUGAGGAACAGUCCUACAGCGCAUAUGUGACAGAAAAUAACAAACCUGGCUCCACUUUAUGUUCCGUUAGUGCUCGAGACCCCGACUGGAGACAAAACGGUACAGUGAUUUAUUCUCUGUUACCUGGUGAUGUGAACGGUGCCCCGGUGUCCUCCUAUCUGUCUGUUAACGGAGACACGGGGGUGAUCCACGCUGUGAGGUCGUUUGAUUAUGAACAGUUCAGGAGCUUUAAAGUCCACGUGAUGGCCAGAGACAACGGUUCUCCUCCUCUGAGCAGCAACGUGACCGUCAGUGUCUUUACAUCGGAUGUGAACGACAAUUCUCCUCAGAUACUGUACCCCGGGCCGGAGGGCAACUCGUUCAUGACCGAGCUGGUUCCCAAAGCUGCACACGGAGGCUCCCUGGUGUCCAAAGUGAUAGCGGUGGACGCGGACUCCGGACAGAACGCCUGGCUGUCCUAUCAUAUAGUCAAAUCCAGUGAUCCAGGACUUUUCACUAUUGGUCUCCACAGCGGAGAGAUCAGGACACAGCGGGACAUUUCUGAAUCUGACAGCAUGAAACAGAACCUUAUUGUGUCAGUGAAAGAUAACGGACAGCCCUCUCUCUCUGCCACCUGUUCCAUGUAUUUACUUAUUUCUGAUAACUUGGCUGAGGUGCCAGAACUGAAGGAUAUUUCUUACGAUGAGAAGAAUUCCAAACUGACCUCUUAUCUGAUCAUCGCGCUGGUUUCCGUCUCUACAUUUUUUCUGACUUUCAUUAUCAUCAUUCUGGGUGUGAGGUUUUGUCGCAGGAGAAAGCCCAGACUGUUGUUUGACGGAGCAGUCGCCAUCCCCAGCGCUUAUCUCCCUCCUAAUUACGCAGAUGUUGACGGCACAGGAACUUUACGCAGCACUUACAAUUAUGACGCCUACCUGACAACAGGUUCUAGAACCAGUGACUUUAAGUUUGUGACAUCAUACAAUGACAACACACUGCCUGCAGACCAGACUCUGAGGAAAAGUCCUUCAGACUUUGCUGAUGCAUUUGGAACUUGUGAUGGUUCUCCUGAGGUAGGGACACAUUACAAUUUAUUCAACUCUUGUUCAGUGUUCUGAGAAAGACAUUCUGGUGUUUUGCUUCGAGUCACUGAGGUUGUAUCGUUCUUUAUUGAUGUGAUGAUUU